AUGGUCGGCCGCCUGGGCCCCGACCUGGGCGCGCGCGGUCCCACGCGAGGCGGGACGAGGCCCUGCGGCGGCGGCGGCGCUCAGCCCUCGGGCAUGGCGCGGGGCCUGUCCAGCCGACCCGAGGGCGCCGCUGCUCCGGGCCGGCGAGCUCGGAAUCUGGGGAGAUCAGAGCAGACGGGGUCACGCGCUUCCCCCGAGGGGGUCCUGUCCGCGCCCCGGGCCGGGCUCUGCCGCACGCGCGCGCACGAGGGGCCGCGCGCCGGGCCCAGGCCUCCAGGGGGCGCCACCGCCGCACCUGAGGCCGGGGCCGCGUUCCCGCCGAAGCCAAGGAGGGGCGAGGACGGAAGCGGCUGCUCCCCGCCGCGCGCGGCCCCGACGGCCCGAGGGUUUGUCCCGCCCGCUCCAGCGGCCCGCGCCGCUCGCCCGGGGUCCCGUCCCGCGGCCGUUCCCGCUCGGGCGGCCUCGCUCGCGGCGCCGCACCGGGCGGGACGCGGGCCUGCGCCCUCGGCUCGGCGAGAAACGAAGGCGCGAGGAGCCGGGGCUCUGGGCAGGUUCUCCGAUCCAGGACUGAGAGUCAUCCAGGCCCCGGAUGACUCCAUCCCCAAAGGCACGUGGCCCAUUCUCUUCCGCCCUGCGCGCACCGUGGCUCCCUACUGCGCUGGCAGCAACUCCUGCCCUCUGCACUCCCCCAGCCCCAUGCCAGCUCGUCCUGCUCACCACGAAGGGGUGGGCCCCAGUCGCUCCCUGCCCCCGAGCCUUGGGGGCAAUCUUAGGAAGCCUCUUCUGCUACCGCCCGCCUGGGCCACAAGCCCCUACGCCCCUCUCACACCCCUGGCCCUGGCUGUCACGGCCCCACACCAGGCUGUGGCACCCCUGGCCCCAGAGCUCUGUUUACUGCCCUGUCUAGACAAAGACAUAAAAUUUAAUGUCACCCGCGACUGUGGAGCCAGUGCUCGGCCUGCCCUGGUGACACCACAGCCCCCACGGCCUGGGGAAGAAGGCCCCCUUCCAACGUUUCCGCUCCCUCGGGCGCUCAUCAGACCUGGGCCGGGGCCGCAGGGGCCAGACAGACUCUGUCCCGAUCGGCGCUCGCACAUGGAGCCCCAGCCCCUGCCCCGAAAGGCUGGAGCCAGGGCCUGGCCGCCCUCCCCCCACAGCGGCCGGGCCUCUCCCUGGGGACCGGCCCCAGGCCCUGCUGCCCCCGCCGUCCUGAGCCCAGCCCGGGGCCUCCUGCUCGGCUGCCCGGACCUCACAGACUCCGGUGCCUCUGGGCGCCUCGCUGCCCGCCUCUUCCCUGGCGCCUUGCACGCACCCCUCAGUGCCCACAAGGAGUGGCAAGGGGAGAGGAGAAGGCGGCCCUCCCGCAGCCCGAUCGGACGGAGGCCGGUGAAGGGGUUGGGCCGCUCCUGGCAGGCUGCGUCUCGGCUCCUCGGUCCGCUCCGCCCGCUCCCCCCAACAGGGCCUGGUCCAGGCAGUCCGGCCGCCAGGCCUCACCCCUGCAGCGCUGCCCCUGCACCCUGCCGCCCCUGCGGCCGGGCACUCGGGGCUCACCAGGGCGCCCUGCCCGCGCGCCCUGCCCGCACCUACCCGCCGCCGGCCAGAUGUUGCGCGCGCGGGGCCUGGCCCCACGGAGCCUGUCUGCGCGCCCGCCGAGGCCGCGCUCUCCUCGGCUCCGCGGCGCCCCCCGCCCGCGCGCGCCCCGCCCCCGGCCCGAGGCCCCGCCCCACGCUCCCGGCCGCCCGCGCCCGCAGGACCCGGACUGGGGUCCCCGCGCCCCCACCCCCUCAGCGGCGCCGGUUGCCAGGGCGACAGCGCUGCGAGGCAGCGGCGCCCGGGACCGCGGCACUAGGAAGCCGGUCGCCCCAGGGCUCCAUGCGCUGCCCGGGAAGCCUCUCCACCGGCGUCACUCGGCAACCCGAGAGAGACUCGGGCGCCCUGAAAUUCUGCGGCAGCCCACACCCAGGCCGCCGACCAGGGCUACUCUGA